CGGGGCGCUGGGCUUGGGGAGAGUCGUCGCUGCCGGUGGUCGCGAUGGGAAAGUCCGAUUUCCUUACCCCGAAGGCCAUUGCCAACAGGAUCAAGUCCAAGGGGCUUCAGAAGCUGCGCUGGUACUGCCAGAUGUGCCAGAAGCAGUGCCGGGACGAGAAUGGCUUCAAAUGUCACUGUAUGUCUGAAUCUCAUCAGAGACAACUCUUGCUGGCUUCUGAAAAUCCUCAGCAGUUUAUGGAUUAUUUUUCAGAGGAAUUCCGAAAUGACUUUCUAGAACUUCUCAGGAGACGCUUUGGAACUAAAAGAGUCCACAACAACAUCGUUUAUAAUGAAUAUAUCAGCCACCGGGAGCAUAUCCAUAUGAAUGCCACUCAGUGGGAGACUCUGACUGAUUUUACGAAGUGGCUGGGCAGAGAAGGCUUGUGCAAGGUGGAUGAGACUCCAAAAGGCUGGUAUAUUCAGUAUAUAGACAGAGACCCAGAAACUAUCCGCCGGCAGCUGGAACUAGAGAAAAAAAAGAAGCAGGACCUUGAUGAUGAGGAAAAAACAGCCAAAUUUAUCGAAGAACAAGUGAGAAGAGGACUGGAAGGGAAAGAACAGGAGGCUCCUGUUUUUACAGAGUUAAGCAGAGAAAAUGAUGAAGAAAAAGUUACAUUUAAUUUGAAUAAAGGAGCAUGUAGUUCAGCAGCAGCGUCAUCCAAAUCAAGUUCCUUGGGACCGAGCGCAUUGAAUGCCAUCGGGAACGCAGCAUCAGUUAAACGAAAAGAAUCUUCCCGGAGCUCAGCUCAGUCAAAAGAAAAGAAAAAAAAGAAAUCUGCCCUCGACGAAAUCAUGGAGAUUGAAGAGGAAAAGAAAAGAACUGCCCGAACAGACCACUGGCUACAGCCGGAAAUCAUCGUGAAAAUUAUAACCAAAAAACUUGGAGAGAAAUAUCAUAAGAAAAAGGGUGUUGUUAAGGAAGUAAUUGACAAAUAUACAGCUGUUGUAAAGAUGAUUGACUCUGGAGACAAGCUGAAACUUGACCAGACUCAUUUAGAAACAGUAAUUCCAGCACCAGGAAAAAGAAUUCUUGUUUUAAAUGGAGGCUACAGAGGAAAUGAAGGCACCUUAGAAUCCAUCAAUGAGAAGACUUUUUCAGCUACAAUAGUCAUUGAAACUGGACCUUUAAAAGGACGCAGAGUUGAAGGAAUUCAAUACGAAGACAUUUCUAAACUUGCCUGAGUUUGAAAAUCUUUUAACACAUUAAAAUCCUAAAGCAUCAAAUUGGUGUUCACCAAGGUAUUAUGAGACUCUACUGUGUUAGGGUGUUUCUUUUGUAUAAAGCAAAUGGAAUUAUUUAAAUAUUACUGUAUAGUUGUUCAGCAAAGCUUAUAGCAAAAUCUAAUUAUGUCUCACGAAGUAUCAGAACAAUGUAAUUUUGUUCGUGUUUUGUUUCCUUUGUAAUAUUUCCUUAAUGAUUUUUUAAUCUUCAUUAAAAUAAUGUUAUUGAAAACUA